CGAGGCCCGGCCGCGUGGAGUAGCCUGGACGAAGUGUGGCGAAGGCAGGAGGGUGUCCUUUGACAUCCCAGAGGAGUCACGUGGGCUGGCCGGGGGCGGGGACGGACAGGCUGGAUAAGUUCCUUCCGGGUCAUUGACAGAAGCGGCAACGUUUCGGGGUAAUUUGUUGCUUUUUGUAGCGUAUUUUUCCCUGGACCCGCAGCGGGGUGGCUGUGGUUUUGGCUAUGAGUUCCCAGAAAGGCAACGUGGCUCGUUCCAGGCCUCAGAAGCACCAGAAUACGUUUAGCUUCAAAAAUGACAAGUUUGAUAAGAGUAUUCAGACCAAGAAAAUUAAUGCAAAACUUCAUGAUGGAGUAUGUCAGCGCUGUAAAGAAGUUCUUGAAUGGCGUGUAAAAUACAGCAAAUACAAACCAUUAUCAAAACCUAAAAAAUGUGUCAAAUGUUUACAAAAGACAGUGAAAGAUUCUUAUCACAUAAUGUGCAGACCAUGUGCCUGUGAACUUGAAGUUUGCGCAAAAUGUGGAAAGAAAGAAGACAUUGUUAUUCCGUUCAAUGAAGAACCAGAUAAAACAGAAAAUAUUGGAAAUAAUCAAAGUUCCAACCAUAGAAGAAACUGCAGAAGAAAUGAAGAAAGUGAUGAUGAUUUAGAUUUUGAUAUUGAUUUAGAGGACACAAAAGAUAUCAAGUGAAUUAAUAUCACUAUUUUAAAAGUCAGUUUGAGAAAGUGAAAUUCUGACCAACUUUUGACUUUUGAGUAUUUCACAAGUACUGCAAAAUCCUAAUAAUACAAUCAGAAAAAGCUAUAAAAAAUAGGCAAAAUUUAUACAUGAACAAUAUAAAUUGUGUGCGAUAUUUGAAUAAUUAUAAAACUUUCAGCCAGAGUUUUCUUAUAACAAAUUUUUAAGUUGCAUAUGCUAGAAUAUCUGCCAAAAUGAAUAUUGCAGUUCAUGGGAAUUAUUUAGAAGUAUGUAUCACCUAAUAUCAAACUAAGCAAGAUUCAGGAUGGAUGGUUAUAUGAGAGCUAUCUCAUGUAAAAAUAAGAUGACAUUAUUAUAUUGCCAGCCUCAAAAAUUAGUCCUUGGUAAAUACCUUUUGAUAGAGUGUUCUCAAGUAAACAACUCACAUAACAAAAGUCCCCUUACUUAUAUGUGUUUGUUAUGCAGCAGAAGCAUUUUAUUUUUUAUAAUAAUGUUUAACAAG